AUGGAAGGGACUCCGAAGAGACAAAGAGCCGGCUCACUGCUGGGUGAAGAGUCUCCAGAGACUCCUUCACCGUUGAGUGACAGUAAUAAAAAUGAUUCCGGGUCCAGGCCUAGUUUUUUGCCCUCGCCGAGACAAUCUUCGGCAACUGUGGGAAAUCUCGAGGGGGCGCCCUCUCUGGCAAGUCCAAAAAGAUUCACUCACUCAUCACACUCUGGAGAGAUCGCCAUACCGCAAUCACCGGUAGGUUUACAACAUUCAAAGUUUACCAAUCUGAUACCACCUGAAACUCCCAAGUCAAAAAACCAGGAGCUGUUUCUUUCGCCAUCGCUAGAGUUGCAAAGUCCUGUUCAUAAACCUGUUGUUGCGACUCAGAAACCGAUACGUGAAAUUUCGAAUAACCUUAAAUCAAGGUUAAAUUAUGCAUACGUCAAGAUGCAACAGAAUAUGCUUCAGCAUUCGAAACGCGGGUUAGAUGAAUCGAUUGACGAUGCUGCUCAAGUGACAAACGAGGUGAAACCUAGUUCUUAUAGCAACGUUUUCGCUCAGGAUUCAGAUACGGAACUGGAAACACUUCCUUCUGCCAUUAAGGAAACGAGAAAUGCAUCAAAGUCCGUAUUGGCACACGAUACGAUGGGGUUGAAACUAAAGGAUGAUUUAGAAGAUUUAGCCGGUGAGAAUUCUGCGCAGGUAGCGUUCUUGAAAGCGUUACAAAGUCCCAAGAAAAAACAAAGGUCGUUAUCCUCAACCCAUCCAAAGAUUACUAGAACAUCAUCGUCGUCAAAUUCGCAACCAUCAGAGGUGGAAGCGAUAGAGACGCUUAUGUCCCUUUCAUCACCACACAAGAGAAGACCUUCGGGAAGCUUUGACCUGGCGUUGCCCCCACCAACACCCCCUCCCGUUAACAAUAAUUCUACGUCUGCUGCUACGAUAAGUGCUUCUGAUAUUACUACUACUGAUUCAGAUAGAACUAGUAAUCCAAGCGAUGAUAGUGACUCUAAACAGGGUCCUCGCCCUUCCCUGGGCUCGCCAAAACUGACGAAACCCGUCAAACUGAGUUUGCAUUCGGAGGUGCAAACUGACGUGGAGACUGACGUAGAGUCUCAAAGCGAGUAA